AACGAGUUCUGCCGAUUGUCUCCGAAGUCAUGUCCGUGUAAAUGUUAGCGCGACGCUAGCUGUAGCGCUGCAAAGGAUUAUUGUUUCGGUUUUCUCGCCCUUCCCUUGUGUCCUAAAUCACGAAGCAGCCAGCGACUUCACUGUAUUAUCUCGCAAAAAUGGACAGCGAAAUGUCAGACUUUGAACCUGUACCAGGACCUGAGACGAGUAGUAUGGAGGGGGAGAACGCACCACUUUACUGUAUUUGUCGGAAACCAGACAUCAACUGCUUCAUGAUUGGCUGCGAUAAUUGCAACGAGUGGUUCCAUGGCCACUGCAUUAACAUCACUGAGAAGAUGGCGAAGGCGAUCCGGGAAUGGUACUGCAUGAGAUGCAGAGGUGAAAACCCCUCACUGGAAGUAAAGUAUCGAUCAAAGAAGAGCCGUGACAAGGAACCUGAUACUGACAGGUCUGACAAACAGUACAGCACCCCAAGUACUCCGGACUAUAAGAGCGAGAGGCGGCGAGGAUCUAAAGUGAAGCGUUCGGUCCGUAUGUGCGGGGAGUGCGAGCCCUGCAGGAGGACUGAGGACUGUGCCCAGUGUGACUUCUGCAAAGACAUGAAGAAGUUUGGAGGUCCCAACAAAAUCAGACAGAAGUGCAGGUUCAGGCAGUGUGAAGUUCGAGCGAGGAAAAUGCUUCGUGUGAAAGAAGAGGAAUUUUCUUUGCGAGAAAGGAGGGAAAAUUCCCACCACAGGCGAAGGCGCUACUCUGAUGACUACGACAGCGAAGCAGAACUCUAUCAACAGUACAAGGCAGCAGGACUCAACAGCAGCAUGGGCUGGGCUAGCGACGACGACGACGAGCUCCCUUUCAGUCCCGUCAUGCGUAAGAAAGCGAUUAAGGUGAAGCACGUGAAAAGACGGGAAAAGAAGUUUGACAAGAAAAAGGAGUCACGGCGCCACAAGCAGAAGCAGAAGCACAAAGACAGAACCAGACACAGUGAGAAGGGGGAGCUGCGAGAUCCUGGAGGUCGGCGUCAGUGUUUGGGGCCGAGCUGUGUGGAAGCAGCACGAACCAACUCCAAAUACUGCUCUGAGGAGUGUGGCAUGAAGCUUGCCGCCAAUCGGAUCUACGAGAUCCUCCCUCAGCGUAUCCAGCAGUGGCAGCAGAGUCCCUGCAUCGCCGAGGAGCACGGCAAGAAGCAGCUGGAGCGCAUCCGCCGGGAUCAGCAGAACGCCCGGCUGCGCCUCACGGAGAUGGAGCGACGCUUCCACGAACUUGAGGGAAUCAUUGCCAAGGCCAAGCAGCAGGCGGUUCAGCAGGACGAGGAGGUGAACGAAGGUGACAGCGAGGACACAGAUCUUCAGAUUUUCUGUGUGUCUUGUAGCCAUCCCAUCAAUCCGAAAGUGGCACUGAGACAUAUGGAGAGAUGUUACGCAAAGUAUGAGAGUCAGACCUCCUUUGGUUCAAUGUAUCCUACAAGGAUAGAAGGUGCAACCAGGCUCUUCUGUGAUGUGUACAACCCUCAAAGCAAGACGUACUGCAAGAGGCUUCAGGUUCUGUGUCCAGAGCAUUCUCGGGAUCCCAAAGUUCCUGUGGAUGAGGUGUGUGGGUGCCCUCUGGUUAAGAAUGUGUUUGAGUUGACUGGAGAAUACUGCAGAGUCUCUAAGAGGAAGUGCAACAAGCAUUACAACUGGGAAAAGCUAAGGAGAGCUGAGGUGGACUUGGAGCGAGUCAGGGUGUGGUACAAGUUGGACGAGCUCUUUGAACAGGAGCGUAAUGUCAGGACUGCAAUGACCAACAGAGCUGGACUCCUUGCUCUGAUGUUGCACCAAACUAUUCAGCACGACCCUGUGACGACUGAUCUCCGUAGCAACAAGGAUAGGUAGUCAAACCCGCCAGUCUGCGUCUGUUCUCGGAUCUUUGGGCCACUGUACAUAGUAGCUGCUCAAGUGCUAAGGAAGUAAACUUUAAGAACAUUAAAGACCAUUUUGAUGAUUUUCUAACUAGAUUAUUAUUUUAAAAUGUGUGUAUGAUAAUAUAUAUAUUUUUCCUGAUGGUGGUAGAUGAACUACUGCUCACUGAAAACUGCUGGUUUUGCUAUGAUCAUCCUCAAUAAAGGCAUUGAACUUG